GUUUUCAUUUAGUGUUUGAACAACCCAUCUCUUGUCGAAGAUUACACAAGGGGACUAUAGAAAAUAUAAUUUUCAUAUAACAACACAAUAUCUAUGAGAACUGUCUUAUUUUUUUUUUAAAUAUGUUUUUAUUUUUAAUAAUUUUAUUAUAUUAAUUUACAAUCGAUGAGCUAAUAGAACAUAUAAAUCUAAUAUAAUUAAUAUAAAAUUUGUUUUUACUUAUACAAUAAAUUAUAUAUAAAAUUAUAUUAAGGGUAUCAUUGACUUUAAGCUCUCUAACUUUUAACGUGAUAGCUCGUAUACGAAAAUUUACUUCGCAAAUAAUAGUAUAGAUUAGGUGUUUUGUCCGCACAUAAGAACAUAAUUUCCCUAUGAAUAAUUAUUAGUUUAUAACUUAUUAAUUCAAAAACUAACAUAUUAAGUUAUUAUUUAUGUUCUCAAAAUUUUUAAAUCAAAUAUUAAAUUAUUUAUAUAUGACAAAGUUUUUUAAUCAAAAUAUAUAUGCUUAUUAUUGGUUUAGAUUUUAAAAAAUUCACAUAUUAGAAAUACUUUUAGAAAAUAUCUUUACACAAAUAUUUUUUCUUGAUUAACAUUUAAUUAUUUUUUUAUAUAUCUUACCUUUUUAACUCUUAUAAUAGAAAAUGUUAUUUCAAGACAACAAUACAGUACAUAUGAGAAUUAUCUUAUUUUUUUAAAAUAUGUUUUUAUUUUUGACAUUUUUAAAAAAUAAUAUAUAUAUAUAGACAACUAAAAUAAACAGAAACUAAAUUUAUAAAUUUAUAUAUAUAAAUAUUAUGAUAAACAUAGACAUAAAUCCAAUAUAAUGUAAAAUAAAAUUUAUUUCUAAAAUUUAAAUUUAAUGAAAUCUAAAAUAUAAAAGUUUGAUAAGACAAACACAAAAUGUAAUUAUAAAAAUAUUAUACUAUAUACAAGAUAAAAUUUUAUUUUAUAUGUUUUCUACUAGAAAAAAUAUCAGAGGUAUUUAGGCAAAACCCAAUAAAACAUUGGCCUUAGUCUCUAAAAUAAUUCUUAGACUUUUUGCAUAAUGUCUCUCUAUAUUAUGAAAAAUUUAUAAAAAUUUUAGAAAAAAUAUUUAUAAUCUUCAAAUUCUUAGAUCCAACUCUGUUUACGUGAAACUUUAUGAAAAUGGUGAGGACUUUGUGAUUUGAGAUUGUAAAAGCAUCAUAGCUUUUUAGUUAGCAGUUGUUAUGGCUGUUAAAGUAUAAGUUUUAGCCUUUAGUCUCUUCUUGAGUAAGUCACAUUAGUGCAGCUCGGCGGUGGUAGCUGGUACGGUGGAAUGCUGUAAGUCAUCCAGCACUGUCCGUGCUCGGGGGUGGUACGUAGCUCUCUUUUUUAUCUUGUCUUUAUCUAUAAAUUGGGUAGAAUAAAAAGCAAAUAGCAAAUCAACGUUUUUAAUAAAAUUCAGGUCAGACCCAUCAUUUUAAAUAUUGUCUAAACCCACAAAAGGCCCAUAUAUUAUUACUGCACUCUUUAUAUCUUCCCCGACCAAUGAUUUUGGGGAUAGUUCGAAACCCUAACCUUAUCAUACUCAAGUAUCUCGACCUUGGUGUUGAUUUGAAGGAAGUAGCGCCAACUUCCCUUCUAAAGGAUCGGAAGAGAGAGUAACAAAGAUCUUGGAGUAACGCAUAUAUCUCAACCAACGAUGAUCCAGGAGCCUAAAACAAUGUCUCCCCCUCCUAUUGAUGUUACAACUACAGACACUCCCUCAAAGUUAUUAUCACAGGUUAUAUUUAUCGAUCAAAGUUAUUAUAUAUAUGUCUGGUUCAUACCGUUUUACUGUUAUGAUGAUGGUCAGCAGCUGUCAGCAGCGCUUCCCAACAUUGAAAAUCAUGUGGUUAUCAAUCAGAAAUUAAGCGGAUUCGCUACGCACUUUCCAUUUCAGAGAGUGGUAUCACUUGCCAUGGAUAGAGCGAUCAAAGAGAUUGUGUCUGGUAUUGUUCGGAGAAGCGUUUGCAUUGCUUGCCAAACAACAAAAGAGCUUGUGCUGAAGGAUUAUGCCUUGGAACCAGAUGAGGCACGUAUAUAUAGUGCAGCUCACUUGAUGGUAGCGAGUUUAGCUGGGAGUUUUGCUCAUGUGACGUGCAAGGAACCCCUGCGCACGUCAAUAUCACGUUAUCUGCGGCAUUUUCUCCAGGAUCUGAAUAUUAAAAGUGAAGCUCUUGAACAAAUUGUGCAACUUGUGACUAAUGACAACCUUGAUCUGGGUUGUGCUGCCAUUGAGCAGGCGGCUACAGAGAAGGCAGUACAAGCUAUUGACGCGGACAUUGCCCAGCAAUUGUUGUUAAGGAGAGAUGGGGCUGGAUCCUCCCUAUCGCAGAAUUCUGUCAGUUUUAUACCACAGUCCCUCCGCCCCAAACCGGGACAGCCGUCCCUGUCUCAACAGCGAGUUUAUGAGGAAUUUGUUCAACUUCCUUGGCAAAAGCAGUCAACCCACACUUCACACGGUUUAUCUGGUGAGGUUGGGCUUGGUAGUGGUUAUGGUCCAGUAUGAGGAAAAAGUGCUUCGGACUCUUUGUCUGGUGUUGAAAUUGCUCCUAUGGAUAUGGUCUCCCGGGCAUCAUAUCUUUCUGAUGAGGGUUUUGAAUUCCAGUUUCACUUUUAAGGUGCUUUAGGUGAUGAUUGUUUUGUUAGAUUUUAGAUUUUGUUUUUUGGUUUUUAGUUUUUGGUUUUUAGUUUUUGGUUAUUGAUUUCGCAGUAGAUUUUGGUUUUUUGAAAAACUUCAUUAGUGUUUUUAUAUUUUUGUUUUUAGUUUCUGGUUUUUGUUUUUAAAAAUAAUAAAAUUUAAAAUAUUAUGAAUAGUAAAAUAGCUAUUAUUGGAAAAUAAAAAAAAAUAAAAUACUAUCGUCAAAGCAUACACAAACUUAUUAGAAAUUAUUUUAAAACAAAAAAUUGAAAUAUAAAAUAAAAAUUAUCUUGAAUCCCAUAAAGAUGCAGAAAUUUGAUCUCGAAUGCCUUCAAUAUAGUGCACAUGAGUGUUAUUAUUAUGUUCUUCGUUUUCAUUUGAAUCAGAGUCUUGUUGGUACAUUACCAGUUGAAUAGUUUGAAUCAAUAUCAACAUCUCAUAAAUUUGAUAGUUUGAUAAAAUUAUUUAAAGUCAGUGUAACUGCAACAACUUUCCUUUCCACACACCAAAACUCCACACACCAAAAAGUCAUUUUCCUUAAAACCCUCCAUUUUUCUUCUUUUUCACAGAUCAAAAAUCCUUUCAAUAACAUAUCGUAGCGAAGAAUGUCAUUUUGUUAAACAUUUCUUUAAAACUACUGGGCGGACUAGCUUUAUUGUAUUAUCUAGGCUGAUAUCUUUCCCCUCUAUACAAAGUAAAAAAUCCAGGUUGAAGAGGAUGACCAGAAUCUCCUAAAUAAUACUCUGCAGUUGGAAAUUGAUGAGGCCCCUUCAUUGCUAGUACUAAAACUUUUGCAUCAUGAGCUGAUCCCGAAAUACCUAUAUAUGUAUAUAUAAACAAUAUGUUCAUAUUGCAUAUAGCUAAAACAUUCGUACUCGUGUCAUUGGGCUUGUUCAUAAAGUUAUGUUAGUUUCAUGUAUGCUUCAUUUAUACUGUUGUUAUAACUAAGGGUAAGUCCCCACGCAAGCGUGGGGGUUGUGUACGUUGUUGUUGCAUUGUCUCUAACUCUGUAAGAGAAACCUGUGAAGUUCUUGUGAAGUUGUUUUGCCGAGAUUUGGUAAAAAGGAUGGUUUAUGGGGUGUUUUGAACUGCAAAGUUUAUUGUCUUAUUGUUGUGGAUGUUUGGUGUUGGGAUUGUAUUGUUUGUUUUGUUGUCUAUGUUAAUAGUCUUUGGUUAAGGGUUGCGUUUAUAAUUGGAUACAGUAAGUUAUAGUUUUGCUGGGCCGUAAUAGGUCUGGAAAAUGUAAUAUUUGAAGUUCAUUGCAGAGUAUUAUAUUGUACUGGCAAGAAUGACAUUGGGCUCAUACUAUUAUUCUUAAUAUGCAAGGAUUCGUCAACGCUGCCAUUAUUAUUUAUUUAUAAAUAAAGUUACUCAUUUUCGGAGGAAGAGAGUUUGCAGAAAAUGCAAGACGCUACUACCAAAGUUCAAAAUGAAAAAAAAAA